CGUAAGAAGGAGGCUCGUGAGCCACAUGAACGCAGUCAAAAAGCACGGAAACUUCGCGGCAUUAGGGCUAAGCUUGCCAAUAAGGAGCGCUUUAAGGAGAAGGUGCAAAUGAAGAAAACCAUUCGUAUGCACGAGCUACGAAACGUGCGACAGAAGGCCGGAGAGGCUGGCGGCCCAGGCGAAAAACCCGUUUUCCUGCUUGAUCGUGAGGAGCAAAAUAUUUCAAAAAUUCUGUCCAAUACGGUCAAACAAAAGCGCGCUGAAAAAGCCGGGAAGUGGCAGGUACCACUACCAAAAGUUCGGACAGUGUCUGACGCCGAGGCCUUUCGAGUGGUAAAGUCUGGUAAAUCAAAGAGGAAGGGAUGGAAGCGAAUGGUUACUAAGAUGUGUUUCGUGGGUGACAACUUCACACGCAAACCACCGAAGUUCGAACGCUUCAUCCGGCCCAUGGCAAUGCGUGUGAAACGUGCCAAUGUGACUCAUCCCGAAUUAAAGACAACCUUCUGCCUGCCUAUAAUAGGUGUGAAGAAAAACCCAAGCUCCCCUCUUUUCACAUCGCUUGGUGUCAUCACAAAGGGAACUGUAAUUGAAGUAAACGUCAGUGAGCUGGGCUUGGUAACACCGGGUGGCAAAGUGGUGUGGGGAAAGUACGCCCAGGUGACCAACAAUCCGGAAAAUGAGGGCUGUGUUAAUGCUGUUCUUAUAGUGUAA